CGCCCAAACUAAGGGUGGGCUCGCUACCCCUAUAGUUUCUCUCUGCUUCCUGUCAGCUUGGUUGUCCUGCAUGGUGAUGGCUGUGGUCCCAAACAAACCAGAUGGCAUCAGAAGCAGUCUGUAAAGUGGGAGAUGGGGAAGAGGCCAUAGUGAAGAAAGAAAAGCUCAACGUCAUGAAUGUACUCAAUCAACUGCCAAAGCCCUUUCCAAACCCCAAGUCUAUGAACCGGACGGUCACCACCAAAGGACUCCCACUGCCUCCCAGAGGCAGUUUGGUUAAUUUCUUGGAGGAAGAUACCAUCAAUCUACCGAAGCCGAUGCCAAUGGUGGAUUCUGAAUGCAGCUCCGACGACACCACCAUCUCCCAGAUCUCAUCCACCUUGCUGAACCCCAUCAAACUGGCCGUCACCCAGCCCAACAGCAGCUUCUUUGCGGGGAUGCUGGAGGGGGAGCUGAACAGACUCAGCUUUUCCUCGAUGAUCAAGACAGAAAAGGGGGACCUGGCCCUCUGCCCACGCUCAUCUCAGUCCCAAAUGACCCCCAGGGGGCUGCUGGACCUUGACAACCCUGAGCUGGAUACAGACACCUCUUCGACACACUCAGAAUCCUCUGUGGUCAUGGAUGUGCCGGAGGCCCCCUUCAUCUGUGAACACACCGUCAGCGAUUCCACAGCCGUGGUUUCCUGGACCUAUGCCUUGGGCAAGCAGCAGGUCAGUUUCUACCAGGUCCUGUUACAGGAGGUGGCCCAGGAGAAAGAAGAUGGGUCACCCAAGGCAAAGAAUCGUCCGUGGAUCUUCAACAAGAUCUUGGGCACCACCGUCAAGCUGAUGGAGCUGAAGCCUAACACGUGCUACUGCCUCACCGUCCGCGCAGCCAACACAGCGGGGGUGGGCAAGUGGUGCAAGCCCUACAAAUUUGCAACCGUGGCCACUGACUUCAACAGCUUCCCCGAGAACAACCCCAUCCAGAUCACCGUGCAGCGCAAGGAACCCCAGCGGAAAACCGUGUGCAUGGGGCUGGAGGAGAUGCGGAGGCUAGAAGAUCUGGAAUACCUAUUUCCCUACUAAGAGGGAGAGCCCCAGGAAGCCCCUUACCUACCUUGAGCUUCGGCCCAGGGCCCUCAGGAACCAGCAGCAUGCUAGGGAACCGCUGACCACCCUGCCGGCCCAGGCCUGGCAGAGUGGUACUGGAACCCCACCCCUGGGCCGGGGCCAAGGUUGGACGGGGCCCCCAUUCACCUGGAGACAUCUCAGGCCCGUCCAGGCUCAGCCACUGCCCACACCUUCUAGGUUUCCUCCUUCCCCAGAUCUGGGCUGGGUCCAGGUCUCCCAUUAAAGCAGCGCAGGUCAUCCAGCAUCCCAAAA